UCGCAUCAGAUCACCUCGCAUCAGUCACAAUGGCCCCUCGCACCCUCCAAAUCGCCUGUGCCGGACUUGGCCGCAUGGGCAAGCGCCACGCGCAGAACCUUCUGCACCGCUCGCCUCGCUCCACCCUGGUUGCCGCCUUCACCCCAGAUCCAGCUGAGGUCGAAUGGGCCGAGACCAAUCUGGUCCCGUACGGCGUGGCCAUCUACAGCGACUACGACGCCAUGCUCGCGCACUCGGGGCUGGAAGCCGUGCUCAUAUCCACCAUCACGACGGUGCACGCCGAACAGGCCAUCAAGGCCAUUGAGGCGGGCAAGCACGUCCUCUGCGAGAAGCCGCUUUCCACCGACGCGGCCAUCUGCCAAUCCGUCGUGGACAGCAGCCUCGCCCACCCGUCACUUAAAGUAAUGUGCGGAUUCUCACGGCGCUUCGACGACUCCUACCGCGACGCCUACGCUAAGACAGCAGCCGGCCUAAUCGGGACGCCAUCUAUCAUCCGGAGCCAGACGUGCGACAAAAUCGACCCGACAGGCAACUUUGUCAACUUCGCGGCCACCUCCGGCGGAAUCUUCGUGGACUGCUCCGUGCACGACAUCGACCUAAUCCUCUGGUUCUUCGGCAGCACGGGCACCAGCGCAGUCAAAUCCGUCGUCUCCAGCGGAACCGUGGCGCUGCACCCAGAGCUAAAACAAUACAACGACGCGGACAACGCGGUGGGAAUAAUCGAGUUCUACGACGGCCGGGUCGCGUAUCUGUACUGCUCGCGGAUGAUGGCGGCGGGGCAGGAGGAUACGACGGAGAUUAUCGGGACAAAGGGCAAGUUAGUGGUGAACGGGACGGCGCAGAAAAACCUGGUGGGGAUAUUCGAUGCCAGUGGGGCGAGGAGGGAGUUGCCCGCCCAUUACUAUGAGCGGUUUGAGCUGGCGUUUGUGCAUGAGGUGAAUGAGUUUGCGGCGGCGUGUUUGGAUGGGAGUGAUUUACCGAUGGGGAUUCAGGGGGCGGUGGAUGCGGUCAGGAUUGCGAAGGCGUUGCAGGACUCGUUGGUGAGUGGGGAGAAGGUUCGGUUUGAUGAGAGGGGGGGGAGGCUGUGA